CCUAAUGACUGUGAGCUACCCAUCUUCAACCCUGCUCAGUUCCUAGAGCUUGUUAGAGGAAAGUCCUUGGCCUUUGUUGGAGACUCCGUUGGAAGAAACCAGAUGCAGUCUUUGGUGUGUCUCCUAUCUAGGGUAACAUACUUGGAAGAUGUAUCCCCAGCUACAUUUGAUGGCAAGUCCAGGCGCUAUUUCUACCCAACCCAUAACUUCACUCUAGCCAACAUCUGGUCGCCAUAUCUCGUGAAGGCUUAUGAUGCUGAUCCCAAUGGCCCACUACUCACUGGUCUCUACGACCUCUACUUAGAUGAACCUGAUACCAAUUGGACGACCAAGAUCGAGGAGUUCGACUACGUUAUCGUGUCCGCCGGACACUGGUUCUUCCGGCCCACCAUGUACUAUGAGAACAACCAACUUGUAGGGUGCUUCUACUGCAAAAAAGAGAACAUCACUGAUCUCACCAUGUAUUACGGCUAUAGGAUGGCCUUCAGAACCACAUUCCAAGCCUUGCUCAAUCUCAAAGGCUAUAAAGGUAUGACAUUCCUUAGAACUUUUGCUCCAGCCCACUUCGAGAACGGUGAGUGGGACAAGGGAGGGGACUGCAUUAGAAAGAGACCUUUCAGAAGCAACGAGACAAGACUGGAGACCUUCAAUCUUGAGCUCUAUUUGACACAAAUGGAGGAGUUCAAAGCGGCUGAGAAGGAGGGCAGAGAGAAGGGUCUCAAGUUUAGGUUGUUGGAUACUACUGAAGUCAUGCUGCUGAGACCGGAUGGGCACCCCGGUCGUUAUGGCCAUCUGCCAAAUGCCAAGGUUGCAUUGAACAAUGACUGUGUCCAUUGGUGUUUGCCGGGGCCAAUCGACACGUGGAAUGAUUUCUUGCUUCAUAUGUUGAAGAUGGAGGGUGGGAGAUCGUCCUCAGGCCGGCUUAAUUGGAGUGAGAGAAAGAUGAGGAUCAGAUAAAAUUGGAUAAAAGAGGGAUCAAUUAUUAGUUGUACGAUGCUUUUCGUUAUUGUUUUAUGUACAUGCAUGAUUUGUGAUUUUAAGUUAUUGUAAUUAUAUUGGCUCGCAAGGCAGGUGCGUUGCACUGCAUAAAGCUACAUUCCUGAAAUAAAAGUAAAUUUUCA